CUAGCCUCACACAGACUUCAUUCGGCUAUAAAAACGCUGACAUGGAGCUACCCUUGCUCACAGACCUAUCGUAUUGCCACCUAUCGAUAUGUACGCCGGAAGCCAAGACGACCUCUGUGACAUCGAGAAAUAUGUCGCAGCCACCUCUGGAGGACACUCGGCAUCGUCGCGAGACACACAAGCGACAUCGUCGAAAGGUGGGAUUUUUAGGACCCUGAGAAGUCUCAUCUCGUCGAGGACCGAGCAGACAGACAUAGACGUGGAGAAGGCAGCACCACUGUUUGGCUUUGACCCGUGCGAGCCUGAGCCGACUUACGGAACCCUUUCCUCCGGCAAAAUCGAGAGACGAUCUCGCCUGUCCUGUCGGGACCGCGUCUCUUCCGGAUGCCAAAGCUUGAGGGGCUGGAUCGUUGACAGGGCCCAUGACGCCUCGGCCAGUUGUGGAAGCCUCAGAGCUUCGAUCACUGGCAAGCUGUCUACUUGCAGCGAGGCGAUUCAAGAUGGAGCGAUCCCAUUAGCUCUUGCAGCCAUGCCCUACGUGGUCUGCCUGGUUCCGUGAGAGACUGCUGUCGGGAGUCAUUGGAUGGGGGAGGAUCCAGAAAUUCAGACGUUUGGACUAUUGGCGUUGGCCCUAUCAUGGGACAUAUCGUGUUCCAGGAUUCCAAGUGUACUCCAACACGUGAGUGCAGCGGUCAUCGUACAUAGUCGAAGAGAAGCUGCAAGGAUCUCGCUUGUAGCUGAGUGUAUCUGCAAGGUUUUUGCCAUCAUGGACCUGCUAAGGACUGCCGCGGCAAGAUGUCCCGGUACAGCUCGGCUCACAUGAGUCAACUAUGUCCUGCAUACAGCAGUAUAUGAAGCAUUGCAUCGCGACGAUCAUCCGGUG